CGCAUCCGACAGAAACGAUUCUCGGUUGAGUGUACUGGUGAUCCGAACACCGAAGCAACCGGUUCUUGACUCGAGAACGAGAACUGCUCCAGCAGUGGGCGUGUUUGUUCAUUAUCUGGCUCGGCUCGGUGUUCAUCUUCAGUUCGGUCUUCACAGCAUUUCAUUCAGUGUACUGUUUGAGUAAAUGGAUUACCCCGGGAUAUUGGUUUAUUCUGACUCAGAGGGAGUGUCAGUCACGUUAAAAAAGUUAACAGCUUAAGUAAUUUGUGGAUUUAUGUUUAUUGGAGACGUGAACCGUUUCAAACGAUUCAGUUCGAUUUGGUGAACUGGUUCAACCGGUUCACUAAGAAGAACCGGUUAAAUUGAACGAUUCGUUCACGAAUUGGCCAUCACUAUUAGAAUGGGGACACUGAAAAGGCUGAAGUCCAGUGAUGUGCUCCUCGUGGUUGACCUUUAUGACUCUAUUGCUCAACAACUGCACUGUUAAAAGAGGCGAAGAUCCUUGACGUAUUUUCUUCAGGAUUUCCAAAAGGAUUUAAAAAAAAAAAACUGUCGUGUUGUUGUCUCGAAGAGUAAUAACUCACUAUGGAGAUACCUGUCAUAGAUUUCAGCGUGUACGAACUGGGAAAUACAAAUUUAUCAGUUGAUGAUAACUUGAAGAAGUUAAGUGACGAACUAAGAAGCGCCUUUACCGAGGUGGGAUUUGUUUAUCUGAAAAACACGGGCAUCAGUCAGGACGAGGUGGACAAAGUUAUGGUUGUUUCAAAGAAGUUCUUCUGCUUGCCAGAGAGCAUGAAGAGAACUUUCAGCCGGGGCAGUUUCUCGUGUAAUGGAAACCACGGCUGGGUCUCGGUAGAAACGGAGAGUUUGAAUCCUCGACGUCCCGGGGAUCUGAAGGAGGCGUUUAAUACAGCAUCUUUGCGCUCGGAUAUUAGUUGGCCUUCAGAAGGAGUUGAUGACUUUCGAGAUGUGCAAGUAUCAUUUUUCCUGCGCUGCAAGGAGCUUUCUCUCAGAGUGCUCCGACUGAUGGCUCUUGGUUUGGGCCUGGAAUCAGAGGCCUUUCUCAGCGCACAUAAACACAUUGGAAGUGAUGUGAAUGGAACAACAUUACGGGCUCUGUACUACCCUCCGGUGAACAGCAGAUGUGUGAAGGGAGAUCAGCUGCGCUGUGGUGAACACUCUGAUUAUGGGAGUAUCACUUUGGUCUUCCAAAGUCCAGAGGGUGGACUGCAGGUCCUGAACCGGGCUGGUGAGUACAUUUCAGCCCCCAGCAUUCCUGGAACAGUUCUGAUUAACAUAGCAGACCUGAUGCAAAGGUGGACUAGCGAUGUCUAUGUGUCUGCCGUUCAUAGGGUUUUGCUGCCCCCUGCAGGUGACUCUGGCACACGUCAGUCUUUGGCCUUCUUUGUACAACCAGAUGACGAGGCCAUCAUUUCAUGCUGUGAUGGAUCAGAUAAAUAUCCUCCUGUGAAGUCAAUUGACUACCUUUUAUCAAGGUUCAAGGAUUCGUACAGCAAAAAAUAGAUCCUAGUUAAAGUGGAAUGAUAUGAUUUUGUAUGUUUUGAAAAAACAAAAUUAAGUGAUAAUCAAUAGAGAACACAGUUGAAGCUUAGAUAAUUUAAUACAUUGUAGAGAAUCGUAAAGCACAGUCACUUAAUCCGAAAUUACAAAGGAUGCUCAAACAAUAAUAAUAAAAAAAAUCCAUACCUA